CUAGCUAGCUAAUAGGAUCAACCAGGAGACCAGUGUGGUUCCGAGCGCGACGAAAGUUUUGAUUCUUGGGUGGGUUCGGUUGGAAAGGAAAGGAAAGGAUUGGAAGAGUCGAGUCCGGGCCCAAACUUUACUAUUGAGUUUGCAUUCCGACGAGUGGUGAUGUGCUAUCUGUCGAUUGGUCUGGUCGCACAACGAGUUCUCGAGGAGCAAUCGGCGCAGCCCUGGGCCAGCCAAUGAGGUCAACCCAGCUAUCUACCGGCCGGUCCACCGUAGUACAAUCGUGCAUGGCAUUGCAUUGGUGUGUAUACAGCCUGGCACUGGGAUGCAGUUUCUGAGGUUAAGUUCAGGGUUCGUUUUGUUUCAAUAGAUGAUUCAUUGAUACACCCAGUUGCCCACCUUCCAGAACCUUCAAUCAAUCAAUCGGCCAAGAAACUAACCGGCAUGGCGGCAUUGUGGUGGAGGUGCGUCGCUCCACAGCGCUGGCUGCAUUUUGCCACUGAUAAGAAGAUACCGUACAGUCGUACUGUACCGAUAGAUCUUUUGAUAUCAUCGGCAAGUCAACGAACGAUUGCAUUGUCGCUGGCUCCAGCUCUUUCAUCGAGCAAUUGCAGAGAACGAAAACACAACGGUCCUUCAGGGCAAGUCGCGAGCCGGCAAUAGCCAAUCCAUAAUUCUGACCCUUAGAAGCUUGUUAGCGUUACGGGUCAUUUUUUGCUUCAUUUUUGCUUCCGGUACUUCUGUCAUUGGGGCCAUUCGUCAGCGCCAUUGAGCUUCAGCCUUGUUGCUGACAGUUGCAUCAACCUCGCUGCGCUCCCCGUUGCGGCAGUAGGUCCCAAACGUCGCCACGUUUUAUGGGACGAUGUUGAUGUGUUUGAUUGGUUUGAGGUGGCUGGGUCGCACUAUGACGAUGGACGAAGAGGAAGGAAGGGUUCAACUUCAGCGAUGAAGGAGCUUUCGAAAGCCAUCACACAAGACAUAUUUUCCUUUCUUCAGUUCAUCCAAAUUUGUUUAAAGAUAGAGCGUAGCUAGCUAGCUUGAUCAUCCAGAACCAUGCCUCCUCAAGAAUACAAAUCAGGAACCGUCGUGGCGUCUCCUUCGACUGGAUCGUACUGGGAUGAACCACCGGAACAAAAGCUGCAAGGCAAGACGUUGUCGACGUUGAGUCUGUCGGGUUUGGAACGUGUGGACCAUGACAACGAGCCAGACGUGGUCAAAGAGCCAGAAGUGGUCAAGCCACAACAAGAGAAAAGCGUCAGCGGUGGCUACUGGGAUUGGCAAGAGACCAUGAAGAAGAGUCUCUCCAAACUCAGCAUGUCAGAUCUCGUGGGACAAGGCUCUCUCCGAGAUUCAGCGGCGACAUCUGCUACAGAAGCUUCCACUGUAGUUUCAGACGACAAUGCCGAAGCAACCAAAGAUGAAAAGAAGGACGGCGAGGACAGCAGCAGCAUCAAACGAAGACCCAGCUCUGGCAGUUUUUGGUUCUGGCCCAAUGGCUCCAUGGCCAACCUAGCACAACAGCAGGACGAGCAAGCGCAAGAGCAAAAGAAGGAGGAAGCACCAUCACAAGAAGGAGAAGAACAACAACCCAUCACUGUCACGGCACGACGCCCCAGUGGCGCCGGUGGCUACUGGUUCUGGAAGAAUCCUUCCACCAACAAUCUCACCGAGGGUCAAAAAACCGAUUCCUCCGCAGAUUUGGAAACCAUGCAGAAGAAUGCCCGCGAGUCGGAUCGAGCAGAAGGACUCAAGGGUCCCAUUUCUAACUUGCAGCAUCGAAUGCGAUCCAGUUGGAGGGCAUCCUUUCACAAACUCAGCAGCAACUCGCUGUCGGCAUUGACGGAAGCAGUGCCUCGCAAUAGUAGUGACGACACGACUACUGCUGUGGAAAACAAUAUCAUCAACAAGGUGGCAGAAGGUUGGAAAGAAGACUUUUCCGAGAAUAACGCCAUGAAGAAACACGACAGCUUUGUGGUCCAGGAAGAAGGAGAAGAGGGCAUGACUUUUUAGAACAAUAGCAAGAGCAAGCCUCUCAGAAAUAGCGAAACGGGAACGAGCUGCCCUAGGAACGAGGUGCAGGAUUGAAUUGAAUGAUUCCGCUACACCUUCAAUGUUGAUGCGUUCAUCCAUGACUGUUCAGUAUUGUCAUCUUUCGUGCUAUGCUCAUGUAACAAAGAAGCUUCAUUCAGCUCCAACGACAAAUAAUGGUAGAUUGUACAUGUUACUACCAAUACAUCUAGCUAUUGCGUGUUCC